CUCACUUAGUUGUUGUCGGCAUGACAGCCACAUCCAAGCCUGACUGUUUGUGCAGAGACAAAGUUUUCUCAUUGGAUGCCCAUGGCAUGCAGUCUGCAGCCACCUGUACUCACAUCCCCUCCCAUCACCUGCCCCCAGGGCUUUAUUCCCCUUCUCUACAAAAAUUGCCCAGAACCAAAUGUUCACUCCUCUAGGAACCAUGGAGCACAGCAUGAAUGGUUCAAGGUCACCAUGUCCUAUUUGAGAUCGUCUUCCACGGAGACUAUCCAGUGAUAACAGAAUCAAGAUUGUUCUUUGUCUUCAUACUUUCUGUUUCUGCUCCUUUUUUUCCUGGAAUUCUAGGUUUCUCGCAGUACCAGAUACUAAAUAACACCCUGGGACCCAUAUAAAGUGCCACUAGUCAUGCUGGAAGUGCUCCCAAGAAGCAGAGAAAAGUCAUGACAUUACAAGGACAAGUGGAUUGCUUGACAUGUGCCUUAGAUUGAGGUCUGCAGCUGUGGCUGCCCAUCACUUCAAGAUAAGUGAAUCCAGCAUCAGGAUUAUUGUGAAGAAGAAGAAGAAGAAGAAGAAGAAGAAGAAGAAGAAGAAGAAGAAGAAGAAGAAGAAGAAGAAGAAGAAGAAGAAGAAGAAGAAGAAGAAGAAGAAGAAGAAGAAGAAGAAGAAGAAGAAGAAGAAGAAGAAGAAGAAGAAGAAGAAGAAGAAGAAGAAGAAGAAGAAGAAGAAGAAGAAGAAGAAGAAGAAGAAGAAGAAGAAGAAGAAGGAGAAGAAGAAGAAGAAAGAAGAAGGAGAAGAAGGAGAAGAAGAAGAAGAAGAAGAAGAAGAAGAAGAAGAAGAAGAAGAAGAAGGAAAAAGAAAAGGAAAUCCAUGGAGCCAUUGCUACAGAUACUAUAGCAGGUGUAAAAACAUCUACUUUUGCAAAAUAGUUUUUAUCUUGUACUGAAAAUACAGCUUUUAUUUAAAUGCAGGUUUGCUAUGAAAAAGUCAUACCUAUAGAAAAAGGGAAGUCAUUAAAUCACAAUUUAUAAGGAAGGUGAAGGAUCAAAAAUUGGGGAAUUAAGUGCCAGCAAAAGUGGUUUGAUCACUGUAGAAAGCAAUUUGGCUUAAAAAAUGUCAAGAUAACAGGAGAAGCAGCUUCUAUUGACCGAGAGGCAGCAGCAGAGUUCCCAAAUGCCAUUAGGAAAUCAUUGAGGAGAAAGGAUAUCUGCCUAAAUAGUUUUUUUUUUAAAUGCAGAUGAAUGUGCCAUAUUCUGAAAAAAAGUGUUACAAAUGACACUUGUUAGUAAGGGAGAGAAGUAGGCACUGGGAUUUAUGGGGUAGGCUAAACGCACUAUUUUGUGGAGUUGGAUGCAGUUGGAUUUAUGAUCAGGACUGCCCUUAUCUACAAAGCUGCUAAGCCCUAGCCUUGAAGGGGAAAAAUAAACACCAGCUGCCAGUAUUCUGGUUGUACAACAAGAAGCUUGGAAUGCGAAUCUCUUUUCUGGGUUGGUUCCAUUGGUGCUUUGUCCCUGAAGUCAGGAGGCAACUUUCCAGUAAAAGAUUGCCUAUUAAAGAUCUUUUGAUAUUGGACAAUGCCCCUGGCCACCCAGAAUCCCACGAAGAAGUGACAUCUUCAACAUUUAAGGUGUCAAACUGGUCUACCUGCUCCCAAACAUGACAUCUUUAAUCCAGCCUCUAGAUCAGGGGGUUGGUAAAGUGUUUUAAGGUGCAUUACACAUGGCCCUGUAUGGAAAGCAUUGUCAGUGCUAUAGAAUAGAACCCCAAAAGAACAUCAUUGACGUCUGUAAGGAUUACACCAUUGAAGAUGCCAUCAUUGUUACAAGAAAAAAAAAAAAAAAGGUUUGAAAGCGAUUAAGCCUGAAACAACAAAUUCCUGCUGGAGAAAACUAUGUCCAGAUGUUGUGCAUGACUUCACCGGAUUUAGGACAGAGGCAAUCAAAGAAAUCAUGAGAGACUGUGGAUAUGGCAAAAAAAAAAAAUGAGGGGUGAAGUAUUUCAAGAUAAGUAUCUUGGAGAAAUUCAAGACUAAUAGACACCACACCAGAGGAAAUAAGAGAGGACAACUUGAUGGAGAUGAAUGCUUCUGAACCAGUGUCAGACCAUGAGGAAGAAGACAUAGAAGAAGCAGUGUAGAAAACAAAUUGAUAUCAGGCAAUCAGACAGAGAAUUCUGAUUAUUUAAGACUGUGUUUGACUUAUUUUAUGGCAUGGACCUUUCUAUGGUAUGUGCACUGAAACUGGAAGAAGAAUUGGUACCAUGUAGCAACACUUUUAGAAAAAUGAAAAAGCGAAAAUUUCAGACAGAAAUGUUGAUGUAUUUCUGUAAAGUUGCACCGGGUGUGUCUGCAUCUCCUGCCUCCCCUACAUCUGCUUCCCAACCCAGAGACAGCAAGAUCAACCCCUUACUCUCCCUUCUCCUCCUCAGCCUACUCAGUAUAAAGACAGAAUGAAGGAGAGAGCAUGGUUCAAGUGGUAGAGUGUGUGCUUAGCAUACACAAGGUCCUGGGUUCAAUCCCCAGUACCUCCUCUUAAAAUAAAUAAAUAAGUAAACCUAAUUACUUCUCCCCUCCAAAAUAAAAUAAAUGAAUAAAUUUAAAAAAAAUGAAAACCUUUAAAAUGAUUCACUUCCACUUAAUGAAUAGUAAAUAAUCACCAUGCUGCACAAUUUAUAAACUUAUCUGUUGUGUAUGUGUCUGUGGGAAAAUCCACCCAUACAAAAAGAACCGUAUGAGAAGUUCAUAUGCCAUAAUCAUCUUUAUUGCCUAAACAUUCAUUGUGUAGAACAUUGUGCAAAAGUCUUUUAUUGAGGUGGAUAGUCUAUCCUUACACAGGCAUAAGGUGAGUGAUAAUCAAUAUAAAAUUAAUAAUUAGUUUUCUUAUUGUUUUAUAAUUUUGCUUUCAAAGUAUUACAUUACUGUACAGAAUGCCUCUCUCUGUCAUAAUUAGAGAAACCUAUCAUCACAAGUAAAUGGUUUUUUUUAAGAAGUAACAAUGUUUCCAAUAUUUUAUUAUGACUAUGACUAUAAUACUGAAUGCUAUAAACAUUUAUAAUGAUUCAUUCAUCAGUGUAUAUGCUAGGCUUCCAUGAAGCAAUCAUGCUGAUUACACUAGGAUACCAUAAAACAAUCACACUGUUGCUUUUUCUUUAUCAAUGCACAUUAUACCUAUAGAUAAAUAUAAAUUUCUUUUCCACAUUUUUGACAUCUAGUAUUAGUAAUCAGUAUCACAUCUACAGUGUUUUGUAUCAUACAAGACACUAUUGAUACAGCUACUGACAGAUGUACAUCUUGUAAACAGACAAGAUACACUUAUGGUAUCAAUAAAUAUAGUACUAUAAAUUAUUUCCCCUUCCUUAUGAUUUUCUUAAUAAGAUUUUCUUUCCUCUAGCUUACCUUAUUGUACAAAUACAGUACCUAAUAUAUUUAAUAUAUAUUAAACAACUAUUUAUGUUAUUGGUAAGAUCAACAGUAGGCUAUUAUUACUUAAGUUCUGGGGAAAGUCAAAAUUAUAUGCCAAUUUUUUUUUACUGUGCAGAAGGUCAGUGCUCUUAACCCCCACAUUGUUCAAGGGUCAACUGUCUAGUCUUAGAAAAGUAUAUUUGCACUGUGUUUGUCAAUAGGUUCCACUGAACCUUGCCAGUAUGGAGUUCUGUUACAUUUCAUUCUAGUUUAAGACAUCGGCGACCACACACUCCAUGUCAUCAAGAAGACAGUAUGGUAGCCCCAUCAUGUGAGGUUUUGUUUUCCAUAGUCUGUUACCCACUGUCAACCAUGGUCCAAAAAUAUUAAAUGAAAAAUUCCAGAAAUAACCAAUUCAUAAGUUUUAAAUUGCGCUGAGUGGUCAUCUAGGCUGUCAGAUCCACUGUCAAGGCAUCUCAGUGCUUGUGUUCAAGAAACCCUUAUUUUACUUCAUAAUUGCCCCAAAGUGCAAGAGUAGGGAUGUUGGCAGUUGAGAAAUGUCAAAGAGAAGCCGUGAAACACUUCCUUUAAGUGGAAGUGUGAACAUUUUCAACCUAAUAGGAAAAGAAAAGGAAAAACAACACAUGCUAAGAUUGCUAAGACCUGUGGUAAGAAUGAAUCUUCUUGCUAUGCAAUUGUAAAGAAGAAAAAUAAGUUGUGCAAGUUUUGCUGUCGAAAUUCAAACUGCAAAAGUUAUGGCCACAGUGUGUGAUAAGUACUUAGUUAAGAUAGAAAAGGCAUUAAAUUUAUAAGAUAUUUUAAGAGAGCAAGAGAGACCACGUUCACAUAACUUAUGUCAUUACUGUAUAUUGUUGUACUUGUUCUGUUUCUUUAUCAGUUAUUAUUGUUAAUCCCUUACUGUGCCU